AUGGCGGGCGGCUCCCGUCGUCGUCGCGCGGAUGACCCGAAAGCCGUCGACGACGACGACGACGACGCGAAGUCGUCCGCGACGAUCAUCGAUCGCCGACGACGACGCGACGUCUUCGUCCUCGCGCUGUGCCUCCUCCUCCCGACGCUCCUGGCGCUCCCGCGGCUCGUCCGCGAGGUAGGCGAGAGCGCGCGCGCGGUCGUCCUCGCGAUCGCCCCCGCGUCGUUCCUCGCCUACCUCGCCGCGAAGCGCCUGACGCGAACGAUCGCGCGUCUCACCCUCCGCCGCGGCGUGCACGGAUUAGACGUCAACAAAGCCGGGACCCGCGCGGGCGACGUCCGCGUCCCGGAAGCGACCGGCCUCGCCCCCGGCUGCGUCUACCUCGUCGCGGUGACCUUCACGCAGUGUCUGCACCUCUUCCUCGGCGGCGCGGAGGCGGCGUCGUGGGCGUUGGAGCACAACUCAGGCGCGUUCAAUACGCCGGUCCCCGUACGGCCGCCGCUCGCCACGGUGGGCUUCGGCGUCUUCCUCGGCUUCGUAGACGACGUCCUGGACGUUCCGUGGAGAGCGAAGAUGCUCGUCCCCGCGUUCGCGUCGCUGCCGCUGUUGCUGUCGUACGCGGGGGGGACGACGAUCUUGGUGCCGCGGCCGGUGCGGUGGGCGCUCGGGGACGAUUGGAUCCGGACAUCGGACGGGAACAACCUUCUCGACCUCGGAUGGGCGUAUUACGCGUACGUGUUUUUACUCGUCAUAUUCUGCGCCAACUCGAUCAACAUCCACGCGGGGAUCAACGGUCUGGAGAUUGGCCAGAGCGUCGUCAUCGCGGCGGCGAUCGUGUACUUGAACGUGAGCACGAUCGCGCGCGUCGGCGACACGCAACAUGCGCACGUCUUCAGCCUGUGCCUCGCCGGGCCGUUCCUCGCCGUGAGCUUGGGGUUGCUGACGCACAACUGGUACCCGUCGAGGGUGUUCGUCGGCGACACGUACACGUACUUCGCGGGGAUGACUUUGGGCGUCGUCGGCGUGUUGGGCCACUUCAGCGAGACGCUCGUGUUGUUCUUCCUGCCGCAGAUUUUCAACUUUUUGUACAGCUCGCCGCAGCUGUUCAAGCUCGUGCCUUGCCCGCGUCACCGCCUCCCGAAGCUCGACGCGGCCACGGGGCUGCUGCACGCGAGCAAGGCGACGCCGACGCGGUAUAACAUGAACCUCGUGAACGCGUACCUGAGGGCGUUCGGCCCGCAGACGGAGCGCGACUUGUGCGUCGCGUUGGUGUCGCUUCAGGCGGCGUGUUGCGGGUUCGGGUUCCUCGCGAGGCACGUGUUGACCGGGGUGUGGAAGUGA